AUGGCCGGUUUCCUGCGAUGCCCGGAACCCAGGCAAUUCGUGCUGCAUCGAUGGGACAUGCUACCUCUCUCGGUAUCAACGUGGCGGCUCGACCAUCUUCUCCGAAAAGGCCGGUCGGGUGGGCGGCGAGCAGGUCAGGCGGCCCGCCAGAGUUCCGCCAAUGCCGCAGGGCGCACGUCUGCUGCUGCUGGCGCAGGCCAGCAGUUCCGCCACGCUGCAGGGAGCAACACCGCCGCUGCUGCAUCUGGCGGGCUGCUUGGCGAGACCGCUGGGCGCACGUCUGCUGCUGCUGACGCAGGCCAGCAGUUCCGCCACGCUGCAGGGAGCAACACCGCGGCUGCUGCAUCUGGCGGGCUGCUUGGCGAGACCGCUGGGCUGACGUCUGCUGCUGCUGGCACAGGUCAGCAGUUCCGCCACGCUGCAGGGACGACCUCGGCCUACACUGCACCGGGCGGUCAGCUGCGCCAGGCCGCAGGGAGCAGCUCUCCUGACCCUCCAUCUGGCGGUUUGUUCCGCCAGCCUGCGGGUCUGACCUCCGGCGAUCCUGCACCUGGUGGUUCGUUGGGGCAAACCGCAUUGAACAGCUCUCCUGAUCCUGCACCAGGCGGUCCGUUUAGCCAGGCCACUGGGAGGAGCUCUCCUGACCCUGCAUCAGGUUGUCGGUCGGGCCACGAGGAUGGGAGGAGAUCCGCUGACCCUUCAGCUGGGGGCCAACUGGGACAAGUGGCUGGGUGGAGCUCUGCCAACACUCCUACUGGUGCUCAUUUUGUCCAGACCACUGGAAGACCUACAGCCGACCAUGCUCCUGACGAGAUGCGCACGAUAGCUGCUGGGCACACCUCCACUGAGACCCAUGAUGGCAGCAUGUUCCUGCCGUCAUGCGAACCGGUUCCGGACGCCCCUUUCUGCCCGUCUGCUGGCAUGACCUCUGCCGACCGUGCUGUUGAUGGCGUGUUAGGCCAGGCUGCUUGGAGGACCGACGCCAAUCCUGCUGCUGGCGUGCUGCUAAGGCCAACCGCGAGGCGCAUCCCCGACGACACCAACACUAACGGCGUGUUCUCCCCGCCUGGAGGCGCCGAGCUUGGCGGCCACUUUGGCGAGGCCAAUGGGAGGACCUGGACCAACUCUGGAGCAGACGAGCCACUCAUCCCGAACGCUGGUGGAACCGAGGCCGGUGAUGCUGUGGGCGGUCAGACAGGAGAUGCGUAUGGGCGGGCCACUACACACGCUGCUGAUCAUGAACUGCACGGGCAUGUGGCAGAACCGACCUCUGAUGUUGAAGAGGCGCGUGCCGCACAUCGUGCUCUCCAGCGUGAGAACCAGCGGCUGUUGAAUGAGCUUGAAGAGCUUAGGCAUUCGCUUUCUCGGUCAACGUCACCUGCUGAGACCUCUGGUGGUGCGGGCGAGCAGCAGGAACCGUCUCCAAACUCUGGGAAUGUCGCAGCUAAUGUGCAGCCAGGAAGGCAUCCCAUCGUACCGAUCAACGAUCGGCUGCUUGGGAGGGCCGUUGGGAACGCUCACGCCCGGGGAACCGAGCAUGGCCUGCAACACUUGACCCCGGAGCAGGAGGUCCUCGCAUUCGACCUUGCUGCAGCGAUGAGGCGAGUCCCCGAGGUCAACAAAGGGCUUUAUCAGCCCCACAGCAUAGUGCUCACAGGCGAUUCAGGGGAGGUUGCUGAGGAAUUUGUUCUCAUCCCCCACCUCCUUCUCUCAACACCUGCUUCCCUUCUCUCUCCCCUAAACCCUUCUCACCCCAUAUCUCAGCAGUCCCACUGCAUAGUGCUCACAGGCGAUUCAAGGGAGGGUGCUGAAGACUCUGUUCUCAUCCCACCUUGUCUCAACUCCCACUUCCCUCCUCUCUCCCAUGUGCCUUCCCCAAAUCCUUUCGAUGGGUCUUACGAUCUGUACACGUGGCAUUGCAACCAGAACGGGGUCCCUUUCUCCAAAGCUGUCUUCACGCGCUUGAUUGCGGCGUCUUUCCGCCGCGAUGGGGAGGAUGUCCUUGUGCUGAAGCUCAAACAGAUUGCUUUUUGGCUGUAUGGGGUGAGUGAGUGUAACGUCCUUUUCUGA